AUGGAAUCCAUAUCUAGAAUAUCCAGCUUGCUGGAAAGUGCAAGAGAACUCACACUCGAUGCCGCGCAAUCUGCAAGGAGCUCUCGAGGAGCAGGGGCGCUGAAGACGCUGCCGCCCCAGCAAAUUAAGAAGUUGUUGGAUAGUAGACAUGAUAGAGAGGUCUUGGAGGGGUUGAGGAAGGUCAUCUCUAUGAUGUACCGUUCCCAGCCAUGCCUCACAUUCUUCUCGUCCGUCGUAAAAAACGUCGCAUCCCCGAAUAUUGAGAUCAAAAAGCUGGUUUACAUCUAUCUCCUCAACCACGCAGAACAAGAACCGGACCUGGCCCUACUCUCUAUAAAUACGAUUCAAAAGUCUCUCUCUGAUGGAAACCCACAAGUUAGAGCUCUUGCUCUCAAGACCAUGUCUGGAAUUCGUGUGCCUGUCAUUAGUCAAAUCGUGUCGUUAGCCAUCAAGAAGGGGCUUGGGGAUAUGAGUCCCUACGUUAGGAAAGCGGCAGCUUUAGCUAUCCCGAAGUGCUACAGAUUGGAUCCAAAUACCCUCCCACAGCUUCUAGAUUACCUCUCGACUUUACUGGGCGACCGACAAUACUACGUAGCAGGUGCAGCAGUAACCGCGUUCCUAGAAAUAUGCCCGGAACGUCUUGACCUUAUCCACAAACAUUACAGGGGUCUCGUAAAGAAACUAGUUGAUAUGGACGAGUGGUCACAAAUGGCCACUCUUCACUUAAUGACUAUCUACUCCCGAAAGUCAUUCCCCAAACGCACCCGGCGCGUCCGCAAAGCCACCCCUAAAAGCAAUGGAAACCAAGAAAAUUUCUACGGUGAUUCCGAUGCCGAACAAGAAGAAGAUACCGAAGAAACCAGCGAAACAAUCCAGGUCCUCGAUCCAGAUCUCGAGCUUCUCCUCAAAAGUAUCAAACCACUUCUUCAGUCCCGUAAUUCGGGUGUCGUGGUAGCAGUAUCCCGUUGCUACGUAGCUCUCGGAACACCAGACUAUAUAAACCAUUGCAUCGGUCCUCUUAUCGCUCUUCUACGUGGCCCGUCUGAUAUCCAGCACAUAGCCCUCUACAAUAUCGUCUCUGUAUGUCUUACACGACCCGAAGCAUUCGUUAAAUACGCCUCUCAUUUCCUAGUCCGGUCAACCGACCUACCGCAAGUAUGGGAACUGAAACUCGAAUUGCUCACCCUAAUUUUCCCACAUUGCGAUUCCUAUAUCAAGAGUUUGAUACUCAAUGAGCUGGAGCAUUUCUCCCGGGGCUCGGACCGGGAAUUGGUGAGAGAGUCAGUGAGGGCUAUUGGUCGAUGUGCACAGAGUGAUUCUAGAACAUCCGCAAGAUGUUUACGUCUACUGUUGAAGCAGAUUACAAGUCUAGAUGGUAAUCUAGUCGCAGAGUCACUUACUGUAAUCAGGCAUCUUAUACAACAAGAUCCAGCAUCUCACACACAUACCGUUAUUCGGUUAGCUAAGAAUUUAGACACAGCUACAAACCCGCGGGCUCGAGCUACUAUUAUUUGGCUUGUAGGAGAAUUUGCUGGCAUUGAUGGGGAGAACAACAUUGCACCUGACGUUCUUCGGAUUUUGGCAAAGGGCUUUGCUGAUGAAGCAGAGCCUGCAAAAUUACAAAUUGUUCUGCUAGCUGCUAAAGUCUAUCUACAUCACCUAAAUCGGACUACGCCAGAACCUGAGCCUAUCAAACCUUCAUCACCUCCCCAGGCUUCCCACGAUUAUGCCGGCAUUGAAGAAGGAAAUGAAGGAUUCGCAUCCCUCGACUCACCUCCACAAACCUCCUUCUCUCCACCCCCCGAACCAGAAUCUGAACCCGAUCACCCCAUCAUCGUUCUCUGGAACUACAUUCUUCUUCUUGCACGCUACGAUACCUCAUACGACCUCCGCGACCGCACCCGUCUCUACAAGUCUCUCCUUGCAAUUCCCUCAUCCACUCAACUCGCAUCUCUCAUGCUUCUUGCCCCUAAACCCAUACCCCACACACCUAGUCCCUCCGAAAGCCGCACUAGCUUUACACUCGGAAGCGCCAGUCUCGUUGUUGGCGAAGAGGGCGGUAUGCAUGGACUAAAGGGCUAUGAGGCACUACCUCCCUGGGUAGAAGCUGGCUCCGAGCCAGACCCUUCGUUACGAGAACCUGAUUCUGCCCGAAAUGAAUAUGAAGAGAAGAAAGUCAUGACUGCAGGACAGAUAUUAGAUAGUGCGGUGAAAGAUUUCAGACCCAGUGUUUCGCCAUCCAAGACGAAUGGAUUCAAUGCUGGUGGCUCUGGUACGGCUCCUGGAAAGGAAAAGACCCUUGAUGACUGGCUAGCCGAGUCUGAGCAAGAGGAAAGCGAGGAAGAAGAAGAAGACGACGACGACGACGAAGAAUCUGGAGAAACAGAAGAAGAGUCCGGAGAUGAAGACUCCGAUGAAGCGGAAGAGGAAGAAAGUAGUGAUGACGAUAACGAAGAACACGAUAGAUUAGUCAAAUAA